AAAAGUUUUGAAAGGAUAUGCUUGCCGUUUGCACAAAAUGACAGGCGAAGCAUCCAAGGUCAUUCGCACAUGUGGACUCCCAUCCUUCCUCCUCCUCCUCCUCCUCAGUCUUUACAUGCCCGCUCGUGAAUGCUGCUGAUACCACAGCAGCAGUUACAAGUCCCCUCUCCUCCUCCUCCUUUCCAUCCCAUGAUCCCAUCCUUGGGCUCCAGAGUCCAAACCCAAGAAUAUCCACACUCCUCGACCCAAACAGGGCAACCAUGAGGUCGCCUCCAUCCCACAGCCCCAACUCUUCCUCCUACCGCAAGGACAAACUCCCAUUGCCGGCCUCCGACCUUCUCCCGGCCGAGCUCUGGAUCGACGACGCCGGCGCCCUCGAUGCGGACCGCCUGGCCCGGACCCUCGCCGGCAUCAAGGCCAAGGGCCUCCGCCCCGACCUCCUAGGCUCCAUCGUCUCCCAUUACGCCUCCCGGUGGCUCCCCGAGAUGGCCACAGGCCGCGCCGCCGAGCCCUCCCCGGCUCCCGAGAGCCCGACCGCCGCCUGGCUCAAGAAGCGCUUCCUCGUCGAGACCCUGGUGGGCGUCCUCCCCCCAGAGAAGGAUGCCGUCCCCUGCGACUUCUUGCUGAGGCUCCUGAGGACGGCGAGCAUGGUUGGGGCGGCGGCUGGCUGUAUCGGAGAGCUGGAGGCGCGUGCUGGGCGGCAGCUGGACCAGGCGUCGCUGCGGGAGGUGAUGAUACCGGCGUUCAGCCACACGUGCAGGACGCUGCUGGACGUGGGGCUGAUGCUGAGGCUGGUGCGGCAAUUCGUCGGGGCGGAGGAAUGCCCGGCGGCGGUGGCUAGGAGCGGGGCCGCGGCAAUGGCCAAGGUGGCCAAGCUGGCUGACGCGUACCUGGCGGAGGCGGCGCUCGACGCCGGGCUGGCGGUGGCGGAGUUCGAGGAGCUUGCCCGGGCGGUGCCGGCACACGCGCGGGCCACCGACGACGGCUUAUACCGGGCCGUCGACACGUAUAUCAAGGCCCAUCCAAACACAAUAAAGCAAGAGAGGAAGGCUCUGUGCAGGCUCAUCGAUGCUCGGAAGCUGUCUUCGGAGGCCUCCCUCCAUGCCGCCCAGAACGAGCGCCUCCCCGUCCGAUCCGUGAUCCAAGUGCUCUUCUCCGAGCACUGCAAGCUCAACGGGCUCGCCGAGUGGAGUGCGUCGUUCGCGGGGCUACGGAGCCCGAACCCUGCCCUCGAACUCCCAGGGCGGGUCCCCUCGAGAAGGGAGGUCUUGGCCCAGCAGCAUGAGAUGCGUAAACUGCGGGAGGAUGUGGCCAGGCUCCAGGUCCAGUGCCAUGCCUUGCAAGCGCAAGUAGACAGGCUUUUUUUGGAGAAGAGGAAGAAGGGGUUCUUCAGGUGGGGUUCCUUCCUGUUCAGAAGUGCCGACGUGGUGGACAAAGCUGAGGACCAUGAUGUCGGGGCGGGGCGCCGGACGCCGAUGGACGCCAAGAAGGGAAGGCUGCCUCAAGGAAAGGGGACGCCUCCCAAGUGGCGCAACUCCAUGUCCUGAAGAAGAAAUGCAACCGAACGCUUUUGUGAUUAAUGUUUUGAAUUAAAUAGCCUCCUUCGUUGUAAACUCCAUAAUCUAAUAUCCUGCAUUGUGUUCUGAUGAUAUGACUGCAACCCAGAGUAAGUGGAAAUAUAAUGCUACCCUUGAUUAAUCAGUGCGGGUGUGUAUUUAAU